AUUUGUUCUGUCAAAAAGCGUUCGAUACCUUUGGUGUUGUGUUUUUAUUUUUAGCUUAUUGAAGUGGAUAUAAGUUAAACAUUUCGUAUGGAUUGUUAAUGAUUUGAUAACAAUGAAACUAAAAAAGCCUAAAACAGACACGGAGGAGACUGUACCGCCCGUGGUGCCUCCUCAAGCGGAGAUCAUUGAAGCAGAUCUCUAUAAGCGCUCUUACUUCGGUCCUGAUGUACCUACGUUAGAACUGGAGUGCUGGGAAGAGGAACUGUCGGAAGCUCAACUACAAGCUUAUAAAAAUGCAGACAAUGAAUAUAAGAGUAUUCAGAACCGAUUGGAUGAGAUGGUGAAGGAUACUGGUGGUGAAAUUGUGUACAACGGAGACCAGUUUACGGCCUACCAACUGCUUGGAAAACAACCGGUGCUGAAGGACUUGGAACGGCAGAGUGCUGAAAUCAUUAGGUCCAGGUCUCGAUCUCUGUCAAUCUCCAAAGAGAAGCCUGGAAAGCGAGGUCGUCCAAGGAAGAAUCGUGAGGAAGAUCGUGACUACUCUCCUUCACCAGAGAGAAACAAGUCUCCGGAAGUUAAACAUAAAAAGAAAAAGAAGGAUAAAGAGAAAAUUAAGGAAAAAGAGAAGGAGAAAGAGAAAGACAAGGAGAACACCAAGACUAAGGAUAAGACUCUUGCACCUUCCAAUGUCCACAGCGUGGUUACUAACGUGCGUCCCUCCGAGGCUACUGCCAUCGGAGGCUUGUUGACAGGCAGCGCUACAAAGACCGCUGCUAUCGUUGACUUGACUAAAGACGAUGGCAAUAAGAAUGUUGCUGAUUCUAGAGAGGUGUCGUUCAAUAAGUUACAAGGCAAGACAUUCCCCUCGCUAGUGGUAGUGGCGCGGCCCUACCUGCGUUCAAAGGACUCGACAGCUCCCGCCGACCGCGCGACGCUAGACAGCAAAGUCAAGUCAGUACUGAUGCACACUCCCAUGAAGUUUACCGAGUGGCUCAUACAACAGGGACUCGUCAGGUCCGAGCAAUGGUGCGUCAUACAUCCCGGGAAUAAACUUAAACUUGGAAUGUACUCCGACGUAUCAAAGUUCCCCUACUCAGGUGGCUACGUCUGGAUAUCAGAAUGCUGUCCAACUCGAUUUGUCUCAGUGUACUCCAGUUCCAUUUUUGAAGGAGCCACCUUCCCUCCAAGCGUGCUCCUCAAAUUAAUAUACCACUGGGCGUGUCAAACGAAUGUUCAAAAUGUCGUCCAGUGGGUGAAAGUGGACAAUCUUUAUGUAAAAGGACUGUUUACAUGGCUUAGGGCGGUUUGCACAGUAGCCAUUCAUCAGCAUAUGAGCUUGUUAGGUGGAGUCGGAAAAAAAGUUGAAGUUGGUGUCAUAUCCUUGGGGACUACCAGCCAUGAUGGCACGCAGAGGCAAGUCAAGGUUGAAGUCUUAGGUGUACUGGAUCCUGUCGAAAAAUUGAUCCGUCUCCGCGCAGUGGAACCCUUAGCAGAACAUGAAAAGAACUAUAAGAAGCGCUUCCAGAAGAUUCUAGAACCGCUUUCUUCUUGGGUGCAUCCAUCAUCAGUAAUUCUGACCGACCUGACGGUAGACAAGGGCACCCUGGUGUCCAUGGGCUUCAAGAACGUGCACCAAGCGUCAGCACACGCCGACUCCUCAAACGCAAGGAACAGCAAUGCUAACAUCAUGGAGUACUUGAGGAGGAUUGUUCCUCGAAUGUUCCAAAACACCCUAUCUUUGCUAUCCAGGCAAAUUAUUCAGCAGUUCUUGGAUGAAUUGGUUUGGAGAGAAAGGUAUGGUAUUUCUCCUGGACAAGCAUUCGACAACAUAGUGAUCCAUAUAGCAGAGCAAAGCAAGAUGGAAUUCAAAGACCCGAUCACAGUGCGCCUUAACAAAAUCGCUGCCAAUCCAUUCAAAAACUGGAAGUACCCUAGCAAGAAACGUGAGAAGAUAGAAGAACCGGAGCCGGAGACUGGACGUAGUAAGCGUGGACGAAAGAAGAAGGAGCCUUCGCCUUCUCCACCGCCCAAGAAGAGAAGGAAGGAGAAGACCACCUAUGUUGAAGAUGAUGAUGACGAGGAGAUACCUCUAGCUCUAAGCCGAAAGUCGAAAAUAAAGGAAGAAAAAGAAAAAACUAAAGAGAAAAAAGAAGAAACGACACCUCGUAGCCGCAGGACUAAUAAGGCGAAGUCUUACGUUGAUGACGAUUUGGAUGAUAUACCUUUGAAGAACAUUAAGAAGGAGGUCCGGCCUGAAGAGACUGUGUCUAUGGAAAGAUACUAUUUCGGACAGAUAGGAGGGGACGAAGAGGUUGUCAAAACUGCCAUUGCGGUACAGUGUCCAGUCUGCCACGAGGAAUUCAACGACAAUAUACUCCUAAUGACCCAUCUAUACAGCCACGCGGUGCCCCCUGCAGAGGAUGGCUCGAAUCUCGCACAAUGCACGUUCUGUCUCACUCGGUUCCCCACGCAAGAGGAGUUGGAUGUACAUCUCAAACACAGCCACCCGGCCGAUACCAAGUCGCCUGAUCUGUUUACCUAUGCGUGUCUUAUUUGUGAGGUCCGUUUCGCGGCAGUGCUGACGCUGGCGUCGCACAUGCAGAAGACGCACGCGCCGCGGGAGCUGCCGUACGCGUGCGACGCGGCCGCCUGCACCUACCGCGUGUCGUCGCACGCCGCGCUGCUGCAGCACUACGCCGCGCGACACAAGCACACGCACUCCGUCUGCUGCCCCCACUGUCUCAAGGUGAUAAAAGUAUAUUCUGAUGGCUACGAGCUAACAGCGAACGUGGUGCUUUACCUGGACCACUUGAAACAACAUCAGGACAAAGAUCUGGAAGUACGCUGCAAUAGAUGCGUGCUCAGAUUUGUACAUCUUGGUCAACUCAAAGAACAUCAAGUUCGGGAUCACAUUACCGUGGAAGGUGCGACUCCACUCUGCUCCGAAGAACAUUUGAUUACCAAGCCUAGAAACAAGGCGCGCCCUCCAGUAAAGGAUUCAACCAACCACACGAUUGAUGAGACCUUUGAGAACCUGACACUAGUCCUGCCGGAAGGGAUGCUGUGUCGGGAGUGCGAUACCCCUCUCGAGAGGGAGCAACAUUUCUUGGGCACGACCCGGUGCACGAAGUGUUCGUACGUGACGUCGUGUUACCGCGCCAUGUUGCGUCACAGCGCGUACUGCGCCGGCCCGCACUCGCUGGAGGACGCGCCGCGCCCCGCCCCGCGCCGCGCCUACUGCGUCUGUGGGUACAACACUGAUAUAGGAACUGACAUGUUGACUCAUUUGUUGAUGUGUGACCAUAAGUCAGCGUAUGCCUCCGAGGAAGAUGCCCGGGCAAACAUUGUGGGCUCAGAGGAUGUGCCCAUGGUCAACAUUCCCAAGCCUGUUGAAGAAACUCCACCUGCUGUUGACACGCAACCAGUGGACAGUGUAGCAGCUAUUGCGGACUAUGCUCCUCCAUCAGUUCUCAACACACAACUGUCGCUCGAUGAUCUGGCUCCUCCUUCAGUGCUGCAGUCUGAUCAGCAUGACCAGGAACUUCUCAAGGACACAUACGACCGUCCGUUGGCAACACCACGUCACGAGGAACCGCACUACAGUCUCGGUGACUUCGAGCCUCUACCACAAGAACCACCGCCACAGCCCGACUUCGAGCAGCUUUAGAAAUAAACACUAAAUAAUGGCAAAAUAGAUUUCUAUCAAAAAGUAGUAAUAAGAGGUCAAUUCUAUAGCUUUUUGAUCAAAACUAUAUAAAA